AUGGGACCUAAAAAGAAGGGAAAGAAGUCUGGCAAACUUGCCAAAAUGACAGAGGAAGAGAGAAUGGCUUAUGAAGAACAGAAAAAUCUUGCAGAAGAAGAACUGAAAAAGAAGAAGGAAGAUAUGUUAACACAGUUUUUAAAAGAUAAAUUGGCCAAAGAGGAGAGAGCAACAAAGUUCAACAUAAAUAAGCUGAACCAUCAAUGGAGAAACAUUAUGAGAGAAAACAAGUCUAAAGAACUGAAAAAAGACCUGGAGAUUCUCAGUCAGACAUUUGAGAGAAUUGUGGACAGGAAGGAUGCCACCAUUAAAUCUCUAGCUAAGGAUCUACAGGAGGCUGAUGAACAGUACUCCAUGUCACUAAGGGCUCAUCUACAAAAUGUUGACAGUCUCAUAGAUCAACAGAAACUGAGGAUCCAUAGUUUACAGCAUGAGUAUGAGGAAGAACUGGAAGUAAUCCGUGAGGAGUUUGACACAGAGCGAUCCAUUAUGAUAGAACAGAAUGAUGUGGAGAUGAAUGAUAUAGCAGAUAUUUUGUUUGCCAUGGAACAGAACUUCCAGGACAGAGAGAAUGAGGCAAAGUCAGAAUUCCAGAGCAUGACAGAUGAAAUCAGAAACAAGCACAUGGAAGAGAAGCAUGGCCUCCACCACACUUUGCAGGAUAAACUGGAGUUUUACUGGAAGGAGUUCAGUAAUGCACUGAAAAUGUACCAGGAAAACAACCAAGAUCGCAAGCUGGCCUUCGAGGAACUCAAAGCCAAAGACGAUGAUUCGGCUCAAGAAAUAGAUGCUCAGAUGAGGAAACUUACUCGCAUUUCAGAACAAAUUGCUCAGCUGAAAUCAAAAAUGGCAUCAAAUGCCAAGGAGUGCGAGGAAAGGAAUCGUCAGCUGAAAGAAGAAAGAGAGAAGAUGUUGGCACAUUUCCAGCAUUUAAAAUCCCAAAUGAAUAAGAUGAGAGAUGGAGAGAGAGACAAGCUCACUAAACUUACCCUAGAGAGUAACUCAGCCAUUAAAGAACUUAAAAGACGUAUAGAAAAGUUACAAAGCAUAAUAAAAUUGGGUGAGAUGAGUCGUAAAUUUGAGACGGAGGAAGAAAAAGUUCUGCCAUUUUAUGCCUCAUCCUUGACUCAGGAGGAGCAAAAUGAUGUAAAUACUGCCAUAUUGGAAAAACCAAAUGAGGAACUAGUGACCGUAAUGCAUGAGUAUAGUGCUCUGGAAAAUUUCUGGAAGAGGUACAACAAAGUAAGUUUGGAUAAAUUGGCUUUAGACAAGGAGAAACAGGGCCUGAUGGUAGAAAAUCAACAGCUGAGGACGCUACUGAAACAAUACUUAGAUGGCAUCUCAGUCAACGACGAAAUCCUCUCACAAGUCAACCCACUCUUUAUUGUCAACAACAAGACAAAUGUCAAAUUGAAUGUUCCUGUAACAGACCCUCGAAUUCGACGUCCUGUCGCUCAGACUGUCAUCGAAGCUUCGCACGCUGUCAAAAAUAUCCUGCCUUCCUGAAAAUCUUGGUCCUCAGUUUUUAUUAUACAACUCAGAAAUAUAGCACCUACACACUUAUUUACCAGUGUUGGUGUACUUAUUAACUUAAGUGUUUUAAAUUCUGUUUUGUUUACAAGGAAUUCUUAGUGUUUUACUUCAAGUAUGUAUACUUUAUAAUCUACUAAGAAGAAGACCAGUGGUUUUUGCACCGAAGUAUUCCAUAAGUAUUAAGAUAACGAUCAAAAAUUAACUAAUGUGUUCAUUAAUUAUAUAAGAAUCUAUACUGUAGACUAAUGGUUAACUUGCAUAAUACCCUUGCCGCUGUGAUGACACAGAGCAUUCAAUCAGUAUUCAGUAGAAAUGUUAGAAUUCCAGCAUAAUUUAUUGUACACAGUAUUUUAGUUAUAUUUCACAGUGCCAAAUAUCAGACAUGCACUAUAUUGAUCUGAAGUAUUUUUGUAUUGUUUUACUGUAGAUUUUUUGAAAUAUUAUUUAUAUUUUGCACAUAUAUAAGCUUUAAUAUGGGUAUCCCAUAUAUUUAAGUUGAGAGAAUUUUAAAAAUCUUCAAAACAUAUCUCAUUUGAAUAGAACUGAACUGGCUUAUUUUGAAGAGCUUUUUUCAAAGAUGAUCACAACUAUUGUUUUUUUUUUGUGUGUUUUUUUUUUGUUUUUUUUUAAGAGUGGAUAUUUUUCCCUGAUGCUUUAAUAUAAAACCUUGCCACUGCUCGAGUUUGAUUGCCAUAUAUCAACUGUGUUGGAACUAUCUUGCCGCUGUUUACUCUACAAGUGUGCUAGUUUGUGUUAUGAUCUACAUCUGUGUUGUUUAUUUUAACUUUUUACAUGUCUUUUUUGUUGUGUAUCUGUUUUGUUGUGGUUUUAUACUUUUUUCAUUUACUACAAUAUCACCUAUUAACAUAAAUCUAAUAAAAAGAAUAUUCCAUUUUA